GUAGGUAUGGAUCUUAGUUGGAUGAAAGCUAAUCGAUUAAGUGAUGAGUACGAACAUGGAGUGAUGGAAUUUCUAGAGUUUGCUGAAAUUAAUGCUAAAAAAGAUCUUCCGCCUCCUAAAAGUAAUGCUGAACAUAGUCACCCUACGUUUUUUUUCUGUCCAUGUGUUCGUUGUGCAAAUAAAGAACCAAAGCUUAGUAUAUUCAUCGUCUAUGUAUUGAUAAUUCCACAUCAGAAGUGUAUGGAAUUAUGGACCCUGGUAGGUGUAUGUAUUAUGAUGAUGUGCCAAUAUCUUUAGUAGAUGUUAGGCAAUACGUACAAGAUAAGUUGAUGUCGCAAAACAAAGUUUGCUACUUACUACCACUUGUUCAUGGACAACAUUGGCAAUUAUUUGUCUUGUGUCCAAGAGAGAAUACUAUGGUCUUCUUUUGUUCACUUAAUUGGGAUAUUGAUAAAAACACGAAGAAAAUUAUUUCAACUGCUUUUGAGGUUCAUCAAAUUUCAAAUGGCAAUAGAAAAAAGGCUAUUACAUGGCUUAAGCCCAAUACAAGGAAACAACAUAACACUAAUGAUUGUGGAUACUAUGUGAUGAAAAAUAUGUUGGAUAUUGUCUCUGCCAAUAUAACUGAAUCUUGGAUUCAGGUAUUUAAUGAUCCUACAGAAUUGACACAAGAAGAUUUGUAUGAUUUACGACUCCGUUGGGCAAAAUGUUUCUUUGAGUUAUAUAAAGGAUAACUUUAUGUUUCUCGUGGAUGCGUGUUGGUUUUUCAAGUGCGCGAAAGGACUUUAUGUUUCUUUGAGAUAAUUAUCUUGUAGUAGAAAA